UUAGUUAUGGCUCAUCUCGAAAACACAGGCCGCUGCCGAGUAUGUGCAGCCACACGAUUAUUUAAAUUCUUUGGUAGGGUUGUGGUGACUAAUGAGGUUUUGUCGACGGGUGUUGGGGUUUCAGGUCCUCAUUAUGCUAGUUCCCCAUUUGUCCAAAAACGUAACCUGCAGAUAAGUUGGCCAUAAAUAAAGCGAGGGCCUUGCUUAUGCAAACGUAUUAAAGACAGAAUGGGGGGAAAUCCAGCUAAACUGCAUUGCCUUUUAGUAGGAUGCACCUGCACGCUUUUUUUUAAUUUUUUUUUUGUGCAAAAUUUGCAGAAAGUUCUAAUGUUUCUGCUUUUAGGCUUCCGAUUUAUUUGGACUGUUUUGGGGAUUUCAGUGGGAGUUUUAGUGAUUAAUCUGUUUUACAGGUUUCAGUGCUGUGUUUUGGUUUCAAUGUUUUUGUCUUCUGGUCUGAUUUACUGCCCUUCAUUUCUGACCUGACAGGCUGCUGGCUGGCUGUACUAUCUGUGACCACAGGUGCUGUAGCUAAUCUCAGUGGCAAUACCAGGAAGUAACUCAUACUGUACAAGUUUAUGCCAUGAAGGCCCGACUCUCUGUUUUUAGGUCGGCUGGUGCAUCUAGAGUUCAGCUGGUGCUGAAAGUUGCAUUAAAAAAUGUAAGAGUAAUACAGUUCAUUUGGCUGUGCUCAAUGUGCUGCUGUUGUAAUGGUGUUUAAUAAUAAAUGAGUGUCUUAUAAGUGUUGCAGAGCAUCUUGUUUGCUUAGAGGCUCAGCUCGCAGGGCUGAAUUGGCUCCUUGGUAGUAUCAUGUUCCUGUAACAGAGUUCACAGUCCUUAAGAUAGGCACUGUGACUUUGAUACCAAGACCAGGAAGUGGCUGGGUGGUAAGUUUUUAAGUGUUUACAGACACACUGUCACAUGUGCUCCAUCAACAAAUCAGAGGUCUUGCAACACCACCUGGCACAGCAUGGUUGCUUAACAGAUUGAAGUUGCAGGCCCUUUAAAAGUUUGUGCUGAGAGCUUUAUUUUCAAGGCAAUCCACAAUGGACUCGAGGUCUCGCAGGCUUCCGUUUUGUCUGUCCAGCUCAAGGUCGUCCUACAUAUCCAGUCCUGCGCAUUCAACAGUCCCAUCCUCAUCGCUGGGCUCCAGUAGACUAUACAGCAGGGAAACGGCGCUGAAUAAUGACCGCUUCCCAAGGGCGUCAUCGUCUUACAAGGCAGAUGUCGACAAACAGAGUUCUCGUCUCCUGAGCUCGACAAGAGACUACAGUAACUCUGACAGUCGCUCCAGUAGCUGGAAGUUGCCCUCUCUGACAUCGUCCAGCAGAUCGUAUGAUUGCCACUGGGCCGAUUCCUCUCUCAGCAGCAGGAGCAAACUGACUGACUCUGAGGCAAGGUUUGGGAUGCGCUCGGGUAUGUUGAAUGCCGUUGACGAUGGUGACUCUAAAAGGGCCAAACUGUCAAGCACCAACAGAGGAAUUUACUCAAGAAUGGCCAGCAGUUCAGUUACAGGAUCCACCUACUCCAGUAAUGGGCUUAGCAGUGGCAGAGGAGAAAAACCAAAUGACUCUCUUGAUUCUUCGUGGAGCUCAUGCCGAUUACUCUCACGGUCAUCAUCGUCAUCAUCCUCUUCAUCCUCUUCAUCUUCCAAUCCUUUAUUGUCCAGAAGAGACCAAGAGACAAAGAAUGAGCCCAGUCUCUCAGGUUUGGGAGAAAGAAGAGUUAGGACGCCUGGAUUUGUUUCCUCAUUAUAUCACACAGACCGGGUGACCUCCACAUAUGCACAGGGAGCUCGUCCUAAAGAAACUUCCUACUCUCCCUCAUCGUCCUCUUCCACUCGAGAAAGCUCCCACUUGAAUCACCACUUCUCCUCUUCUCACGGGACCUCUCCUCAGGUGCAUAACUUCAGGAACAGAAGUGCAACCCGUUUUUCGAAUGGCUCAUCAACCCUCAACUCAUCUCAGGAACAAACGGAAAGGCCCGAAUCCUCCUCUCAUACCUCCUCCUCUUAUUCCUCCAACGCCCCCUGGUAUGCCACUCCCGUGCCCAGACCAGAGCCCGUGCUGCCGAGGCCGAUCCCUGAAGCCGCUGAACCGGAGGGCCGUCGCUCUACACGCCGCCUUUUGUCCCGUCUCUUUUCACGGCGUUCCAGCCAGGACUCUUCAAGCGGAUCUUCCAGUGUUCGUUCAGUUGAUGACGACAGCCCAUCAACUGGUGGGGAGUCGGUGGACAGCGAUGAAGGAACCAGGAUGUCUAGUGUGGACCCUGACACUGGAAGGUCAAUCAUGGGUAGCCUCAGGAAAAACAGAGCAGAUCUCAGCUCUAUCCAGGAAAGCAAUUGCGGUGACUAUCACAGUGGCCUGCCUCGACCACGAAUGGCGUCGUGGAGAGAGCCUGGUGUCAGCAAUGGAGGCGGCAGCGGCUCCUCCUGGCUUUCUUCCUCCUUCCGAGGCCGCUGUCCUCCUCUCCUCUCUCGCCUCAGAAGGCAUGCCAGGGAUGAAAGCACGCAGUCGACUGUGGCCUCAGAAGAAGGUUACAGACGGCCUCAGCGUUUACUGAGAAGGUGGGAUGAUCUUGAGCUUAAAACCUCACAGGAUGAUGGAGAAGAUGAUAAUGAAGAGGAUGAAGAAGAGAAUGAAGAAGAGGAAGGAGCAGUUGGUUUAGAGGCCUUUGGUGCUGGGCGUACUUAUACAAUGGAGAAUGAAACAUCACCUGAACUCGAAGAUGCCUCAGUUGAAAUUUCACCACGCCGUAGAGUCAGGGUGUAUGAAAACAUUUCCGUUUCUGUGGGUCCUCUGGGUGGGGCUGAGAGCCAGUCUGACGACCAGAAAGAGAAGAACAUUUCCAGUAGGGAUCAAGAGAAGCUGCGCAAGAUCAAAGAAAGACUGUUGCUGGAGGAUUCUGACGAGGAAGAAGGUGAUCUGUGCCGAAUCUGCCAGAUGGGGGAGGAAUCUUCAUCCAACCCUCUGAUUCAGCCGUGCCGCUGUACGGGCAGUCUGCAAUAUGUCCACCAGGAAUGCAUCAAGAGGUGGCUUCUUUCCAAAAUUGGCUCAGGUGCAAACCUUGAAGGCAUCACAACGUGUGAACUCUGUAAGGAGAAGCUGCGUUUGAACAUUGAUAACUUCGACAUUCAGGAGCUGUACAGGACGCAUGUGCAAUCUGAAUAUGACGAGUUCAUCAGUAGCGGUCUCUACCUAGUGGUCCUGCUACAUUUCUGUGAGCAAAGGUUCUCAGAUGUCCUCGGAGCGGUCGAUACAGCUGGGUUAUUCAACCUGGUGAGAAUUCUUCAUGAACACAUGGACAAUCUUGAAAUUCCCCAUGGAGAAAGUGACGAGGAGGUGCGAGACAACAGACCGUCCAUCGAGUUUUCGGACCUGGAUGACGAUCUCGAAGAGGAGUACUAAAUAUGUGGGAAAGAAUAAAAGUAGGUCAGACGAUCUGCAGUUGCAGGGCUUCUCAUUCCAGGGGGCUCACCAGGUUUCACACAGGCUUUGACAUCUGAAAUGCAACAGCGGCUACAGAUACCAAGUGCACAGAACAUGUCUCGACUUUUCUGCAGAUAUGCAAACUUGGAAUGAAUUAGUACACAAAAUAUUUAGGUUAAUACCACUAUAUUUGUUUCCCUGAGAGUGCACUUUAAUUCAGUUAUAAUUCAAUUAAAAUGCAAGGGUUUUUUUUCUCUUUUUUCAAAUUGUUAUACCACAAGUGCUUUAAUGUUGAGAUGAAAAAGCAGAAAUAGAAUGGGACUGUGGUAACAAGUGAUAUGUACUUGGUGUGAUGGCGAGUGCGAGCUUUUGGGGGGAAAAAUAAUAAUAAAAAAUGAAAUUAUUCUUUUGUGUUUUUCUCUGAUUAUUUUUGUUUCCCAGUUAGGAAUAUGUUAAAAAUAGAGAAGGGGGGGCGUACAAAGCAAGGACAGUUUGUCAAUGGUGUAUCAUAAUUUCUUUGUGUAUGUACACAUCUCGUUUAAUGCUUCUAAUUUUGGGAAUAAAGAAUAAUUGCACACUG